AUGAGUUGGAUGGACUCUUGGUCUCGGCCCUCCAAGUCCCAGGCCACGCCGGCGCCUUUCUACCUCCUACCCAACGGCGACGCGACGCCCUACUGCCGUACGUGCGGCCGCGUCAUCUCGAGCCGCAGGUCCACGGCGGCGUCCAAAGCGUCCAAGACAGCGGAGGCGAAGCCCGAAGCCAAGUACUGCUCCUCCCGCUGCCGCGGCCAUAAGCCCGGCCGCCUUGACAAGGAAAUCGAGCGGGCCUUUGUGCGGUUCCUGCAGGGCGAGGAGGAGGUCGACGGGACCAAGACCAAGAAGGUCAAGGGCGACGCCCGCACCCUCGUGCCCUGCGACCUGGUCGAGAGCAGGGUCUUUGGCGAUAGACAGGAUCCGGACAAGGUAUACGGGCGGAGGAAGAAUCGCGCCUCGAGGGUCAUCCAAGGCAACGCCAACUCGGACUCGGACGACGAGGCAAUCGAAGUCGGCGGAGAACCGCCGGGCGACAAGCACGACGGCGAGGAUCCGGGGGAGGAGGUCAUCGACGAGAUGCUUGGGCUGGGGCGCGCAAGGUCCGCGGAGAUGGACCCCGGCGUGCAGGCCGGCCUCUCGGUGCGUAGCGGCACGCGCGUCAGGCCGCCGCAGACGAAGAGCCAGGUGAACGGCAGCGUGGGCGGGGAGAAAGGGCGCGCCGAGCGGACCGAGGAGACGGACGAGAUGCGCGAGAAGCGGGCCGAGGGGCAGAGGAGGGCACACGAGCGGGAGAUGGUGCGCUGUGCCGCGCGACGCGGCGUCGUCUUCGGCUUCCUCGUGGAUGGGAAGGAUGAGCGGAGGAAAUGCGAGGCCGUGAUGCAAGGAAAGGUCGUCGAGCCGAGCUAUGCCAAAGGUGAUUGGGCUGUCAGAUGGCGGGAGGAUUGA